AUGAGGAAUAGAGGUGCCCAGAAUUUCAUUAGCAAACUGAUGAAUAACCAGGGAGUGUGGGUUGAAAAGAAAGCUGACAUAAAGGAGGAGAUCCUUACAUAUUAUAAGUCACUACUGGGAUUAGCAAAUACCCUUUUGCCUGUUGUGGAUCCUACUGUUUUUUUAAAUGGACCAACACUGAAUAGGAGUCAACAACUUGCUUUGAUUGCCCCAAUAACCAGACAGGAGAUUAACACUGCAAUACAACAGAUAGAUGAUCUCAAGGCCCCUGGAGGGGAUGGUUUCAACUCGUGCUUCUUUAAAAAGGCAUGGACAGUGGUAGGGGAGGACAUUGCAGAUGUUGUGAUGCACUUAUUUGAUAGCGGCACUGUGAUGCACUUCUUUGAUAGCGGCACUAUGGUGAUAAGUGACAAUAUGAUCCUUAGCCAUGAAUUGGUUAAAGGCUAUGGUAGAAAGGGAAUAUCCGCAAGAUGUAUAUUGAAAGUGGAUAUGCAAAAGGCAUAUGACUCAGUGGAGUGGGUCUUUGUUGAACAUGUUUUGGUGCAUUUGAACUUCCCAAGUAAAUUUGUGAAGUGGGUGAUGGAGUGUAUCAAGACUGUGUCAUAUUCUGUUAGGAUCAAUGGUAUUGGUACUAUUCCUUUUGAUGCUAGGAGAGGUCUUAGGGAAGGCGAUCUUGUAUCUCCCUUCCAAUUCGUCCUAGUGAUGGACUAUUUUAGUAGGAUGUUAAAACAACUGAAGAAGAACCCACUGUUUAAACACCAUCCCAGAUGUGCCAAAAUGAACCUAGUACAUCUAGGUUUUGCUGACGAUCUGUUACUUUUUUGCAGGGGUGACCAAAAAUCUGUGUCCUUGUUGUAUAAAUGCUUCUUGAGCUUCUCAGCAGUCUCAGUCUUAGUAGCAAACAAGGACAAAAGUUCCAUCUAUUUUGAUGGAGUCAAGGAUGAUCAACAGCAAUUUAUUAUGGAGGAAUUAGGCUUCCCAAAAGGAGAAAUGUCGUUCAGAUAUUUAGGAGUGCCUUUGAGUACCAAGAGAAUGACCAUUGCACAAUGCCAACCACUACUUGAGAAAAUGUUGGGGAGAAUACCAAGCUGGACUACAAAGUUUUUAUCCUAUUCUGGCAGAGUUCAGUUGAUCAAGAAUGUACUAUUUUCAAUACAAGUAUUCUGGUCCCAACUCUUUGUACUGCCAUCUAAGAUUGUGAAGAUGAUUGAGGCCACUUGUCGGAGAUUUUUGUGGAUUGGGGGCACUGAAAUAUCAAAGAAAGCUUUGUUGGCUUGGGACAAAAUUUGCUUGCCUCUAACUGCUAGUGGACUGAACAUACUUGACAUUAGAACAUGGAACAGGGCAGCCAUAAGCAAGAUAAUAUGGAACAUUUGUAAGAAGGACAAAUUAUGGGUGAGAUGGAUACAUGAAUUCUAUAUGAAAGGGGAGCAGGUUUGGGAUAUUGAGCCUAAACAGGCAUCUUGGAUGGUGCAAAAGAUGUUUAAGGUGAAAAAAUACAUAGAGCAGGCUGGUUUAUAUGAAGAUGAUCUAAUGAGUAUGCCAAAGUUCUCUAUCAAGAAGAUGUAUUUGUUGAUGAGAGGUGUGUUUACGAAGGUGCCUUGGAGAAGAAUGGUAUGCAACAAUUACGGUGCACCAAAAUGGAUCUUCAUUUUGAGAUUGGCAGCACAUGAGAGACUUUACACAAGAGACGGGUUGGUGAAAUGGGGAGUGACAAAAAAUCCUGACUGUCCACUUUGCCAGAAUGGUUUGGAAACUAUAGCGCAUCUAUUCUUUCAGUGCACAUACUCAACAAUAGUUUGGAGGGAACUACUAAAGUGGCAAGGGAUUCAGAGAUUACCCAUGGAAUGGACUCAGGAACUACAAUUGGCAAAUGAACAUGGAAAGGGAAGGAACAACAAAGCAGAAGUACAUCGAAUGGUGAUGGCUGCAAGUGUCUACCAUAUAUGGAUUGAGAGGAAUAAUAGGAUCUUUCAACAGAAGACAAGGGAUCCAGCUAUACUAAUCAGGCAGAUCAUUCAGGAAGUAUUUUACAGAGGACAUCUUAAGGCAAGACUAGCAUAUAGACUGGAACAGUUGAAUUUCUAUCCAUAG